UUAAAUAAGUGUUUUGUCCGUUAUAUAUUUUAGGCAUAUACAGUUAUGGAGAAUAUUGAAGAAUUAGCAGAAAGUAAAGAAUACAAAAAUUACAACAGUGUUAAUACUGCACUAAGUUUGAUCGGACAGUGUUUAGAACCAUAUACUAAGCAGAAACUGGAGUCUGUUCACAACAAGAUAAAACAGAAACUUGGCGGUCUCCAGCCGUGUACCAGACAGUGUAGUAAGAAAGUUCGCCUUAACAGAUGGUGUCCAACAUGUUCUGCAUGGAAAAAAGAACUCGAAUCUUUCCUAAAGAAUCCUGGAAACAGGCUUAAUUGGUGGAAAAUGGAAAGUUGGAACUGGCCACAGAAUGCUGUAAAUAUCGCAAACGUGUUUCUGCUUUUGAAUGCGGCAAACAUAAAUCUAAACGACCUGUCAACAGCUGUGAACAUCUGGAGUAAUUGUACUGAGUUUCCUGAUUCUAUAGUCAAUGAUAUUGAACCCAUAAGAAAACUCCGGAAUCGUAUUGUUCACAAUCAUUCUGCUACGCAACGUAUUACAGAUAGAGACAAGACAAACAUGUUUAUCAAUAUUUUUAACACCAUCCUGAAUGUUCCAGACGUUAAAGCUGCGAUAUCGAUGUAUAAUGAGUUAGUCCAAAUGCUACAAGAUCUCGAACAACAUGGAAUUACAACUAAAGAAGUGAAGGAGGCGGCUGACAGAAUAGAAAAGAUGUUGAUGAAACAAAGCAACAGUUUAGAAGGAGAAAUAAAAGCCAUAGGCGUUGAUAUCAAACAAAUCAAAUAUAUUCUCUUAGUAGCGAUACCAGUUAUUUUAGCAGUUACCAUUUAUGCACUGGGAGGACAGGCCAUCAACAAUACCACGACAGUAAAGAGGAACAGCUAUAAAUACGAAAAUGAUGAUUGUCUUUCCGAGGAUCCGCAUACAUCUUUCCAAGAACAAGCGAUAUAUAUGUAUGGUUACAUUUCAAAACAUUCAACCCUGAUUGGACGCCAAUGGUUUUUUGAACGUCUUGACAACUGUAUGAAAGAAAGCGGUUUAAAUCACGGUGUUAUGGUGAUUGCUGAGAUGGGUUACGGAAAAUCAGCAUUGGCAGCGAAUAUCAUUUGUGCCUCCUCUACUGAUGCUAGUUACAGUUUCAGAAAAAGACUAGCGGCUUACUACAUCUGCCGUUUCGAUUCACUUAUCACAAAGAAAAAACAUAUAUUUAUUCGAAGAUUAGCAUCAAUGUUUUCUCUUCAUAUACCAGGAUUUGCAGAGGUACUAAGUACGACUGAGAAGUUGUGUGUAGAGUAUUACAACCCGAACCAGUGUGAGGAUGAUCCAGGUGGCUGUAUCAAACAUUGUUUGAUAUCCCCUUUUGAGAGACUGUACAUUCAUGACAAAUCUUCUUACAUAGUCGUACUUGAUGCUUUAGAUGAGUGCGAGCAUAGCAAGAACGAGGGUGGCAUCGCUUUCCUUUUAAAGUCUAACUUACAUUUGUUUCCUAAAUGGAUUAAGUUUAUAGUGACUUGUAGAAACGUUUCGUAUUGUACUCAGCUAAAUACCCAGUUACAUGUUAUGCAACUCAGUUCUAAUGACCAAGAAAAUCAAGACGAUUUGAAAACGUUUUAUAGCGUGCAAGAAUAUAACCAGUAUGAAACUCGGGCUUCUAAUUUUCUUCUGGCAUCGCUUCCUUUCGCUAUAUCUAAAGGGAAAUUUCCAUCAUUUGAUGUAUUUUAUGAAGAACAGUUUGGACGGGUUUUCAGUGAUAAGUACGAGGAACCCAAAGCUAUUUUAGAAAUCAUAUGUGCAUCCAUGGAAAGUAUGUCUGAGGGAGAACUCGGAGAGGUUUUUUCAAAUACUGUCCCUAUAGCACCCGAAGAUUAUGAAAGUUCACUGCAACGUCUAUCUGACUUCAUACAACUGAUAAACGGUAAAGUUCAUCUAUGGCAUGCAUCGUUAAAAUAUUGGCUCCUCAAAACAAGUUCUAAUUUCAGAAUAAAGGUCUCAAAAGGACAUCACUGUAUUGCCAAGUACCUUCUGAAGCAACUGCGUACAAAUCCGAAACGUGUUGAUAUAGUCCAGCUUGCAAUACAUGCAUCUGUCGCAAAAUCAUUCAGUACCGAGAGUCUUGGCUUUUUUGAUAAGUUAGAUAUCGGUAAUCUGAUGAAAGGCGGACUUUUCAAAAGCGAUUAUCCUCUUCACCGUCUGGCACGGCAAUUCAACAACUUCGUUGCAAUGGAGCAUCUCAUAAAGCAUUUUCCUGACCUGGAGCUGUUAGACAACUUUAAUGUUACACCAGUGUUUGUUGCUGCCUCACAUGGAAAUCUAGAAACACUGAAAGCUUUAGUUCAAGCCAACGCUAGAACAAACUUCAGAACACAAUCAUAUAGAAAUAUUAUUAAUUUAGAAUCAGCUGUGCGCAUUUCUUUGGAAACCCACCACUGGAAUUGUGGAAUUCUUGAUAUAGCAGCACAGAACGGACAUUUGGAGACUGUAAAAUACAUCGUCAAAACUUUGGACUAUUCUUUGAAUAAAACAAAUGGAAUUAGUUUGUUACCAAUCCAUUUAUCCUGCAAAUUUGGCUACGUCGAAAUCAUCAAAUAUAUGUGUGUGGAACAUAAAUGGAUGCUCGAUUCAUUGUGUCUUUACUUCGCAUCCGAGAAUGGACAUGUUGAGUUAGUUUCCUAUUUAUUAAAGACGGGAAUCGAAGACAAGUGUAAGCAGUGCGAAUCCAAACUUCAUUUCAUACCAAGAGGUAAAUCUCGGAUUCAAGGCUCAGUUAUUGAUACAACUUACGAUAAAGACUAUCAAGAAAGAUAUGUCUUAUAUGAUGACUGGAAUCAAAUUUCAUGUGAAACAGCUUUGCAUGUGGCAGUUCGCCUGAAUCGUAUUGAUAUAGCCAAGUUAUUGACCAAAAAUAGUAUUUCAAAACAAGCUGUUCUCUGUUUUGACCGUGCUGGACGAACACCACUUAUUUCAGCACUUCAAUACAAUCGAACAGAAAUUGUAAAAGCCUUCUGGGUAAAUAAUCUAGUGGAAACAAAUAUGAAAUGUGGCUCAUCAAAACAUAUUUCAGAUUUUACCCAGUUAAAUCUAAUGGAACGGAAAGAAUUGGAUUCUUAUUUUCGUUGUAAUGAAUGUACGGUGAUGCACGUUGUUGCGUAUUUUGAUCGAAUGUGGUUCUUAAAAUUAUUAGGCGAAGAUAAUGUUUCUACAAUAUGGAAUUCAAGUGAUAAUAUGGGAUGUUACCCAGCACAUGUGGCAGCAUGUAUUGGAAGCACACAAGUAUUAACUCAUUUACUUGAUAUGAAUGAACAUGAAAUACAUGAAUACAAAUGUAAAAACGGGUCGACACCAAUCGAAGUAGCAGCCUCAUGCAGCACAUUUAGCAGCUUUAACAUUCUUCUUAACUCUUUAAAGUACCAAGGAAAACAACUGAGCAAGGAAAUGAAACAUUCAAUUGUAUUUAAUGCAUUAAGUAGAUCAAUGGAAGGUAUAUCCCAAAACGAUUCUGAAUUUAUAGAAGGCAGUAUUUUACAGAUAUUAGAUGCAGUUUUAAGCCCUGUGUGGGAUUUCAAUUUAAAGAAUAUAUUUCAACAAAAUAUUCUCCAUAUUGCAUUGACGAACGGACAUUUUGGAGUUUUAAAGAAACUGUUCUCAACCUCUCCAGAAUUUUCAAAACAACUUAUGACAGAUAAAGACAGUAACUCGAGAACGCCACUAGAUCUGGCUAUAGCAAACUUGGGCGAUACUGAAAGCAUGGUGAUCCCAAGUGGUAAUGUUCCUGUCGAAAAAUUUAUGAUGCCCAAUGAACAAGCAAUAUUCAUCGCUUUAGAUUUUGUUGAGCAAAAUUCUUUAAUGUCUAACAUACAUAUGAAGAAUAUGAUACUGAAACUAACACGAAAGAACUAUAUUACAAUUGUGUCUCAAUAUCUAAAGAGUAACGGAAGGUUCUAUGGUGACAGUGACUUUGUUUAUGAUGCUCUGGUUCAAGACAAAACUGAAAUUUUAACUUCAAUUAUUCUUAUGCAGUGGUUUAAGUUCAGACUAAACAGUUCUAAAGAUGCUCUAAUGUGUCUAAAUAAUUGUCAUGCAUCAAUUAGGUAUUGCCAUCUGCACAUUGUAGCAAGAAAACAUGGGGAAGUAACUGAUUUGCUUCAAAGAAUUACAGGUAGUGAAGAAACAAAUGAAAUCGAAAAAUUGACAAUGAUGGAUUUUAGGUUCAAUGCUCCUUACCCAGACAUGCUGAGCACGUGCUACGAUAAAGAAGGUUUUAAUGUUUUAGAAAGAGCCAUACAAGGAAGGAGUCAUAGACUUGUCAAAUAUCUUCUUGAUAUUGGUGUUACAAGUUAUAAACAUGCAACAAGUUUCAUAAGAUUAGCUAUUAUACCAUCUGUACUAGUAGGAGAGGAUGAUGCAUUGGUCUUUCUUCAAAAUGUGUCUGACGACUGUGUAGUCUUUAAAGUAAUUAGAAAAUCUAGUUAUAUGAAAGGACUAAGGAAAGCUGUAACUUCAAGUUAUGCCGACUUUCAGAAUAUGGUUGUUGACUUAAAUAUAAACUAUAAGAUUCAUUAUAAAGAUAUGGCAUAUGAACAUAUUGACAAGGUGGUAUCAAUGCUUAUUGCUCACUUUCAUAACAGCAUGCAAUCGCAUUCAUUCUGUUCCAAAAAGGAGAAAACAUUGUCCUUGGUUCACAUUGCUGCGAUGCAUGGUCUUACGCUUACUCUUUCAAAUAUUUCAGAAUUUUUUGGGAUAGGCGUAUUAAAUUGUCCAAAUUACCACAAUAUCACUCCUCUCUACUUGGCUAAAGCUUUAAAUCAACACACAACUGUAAAAUUCUUCCAUGAUAUUAAUUUACUUUCUUCAUACGAAAAUGUUGAUCAAAUUAGCUUUUUUUUACAUUUCUAUCUAAUAUUUUUGAAACGGAUUUAUGGAGAAAACCAUAUGCUAUGUAUAUUUGAUUACAAUAAAGUAAUGCCUAAAAAUAUGUAUAAAAUUUUAAAGGCUUCCAUAUGCAUUAGAAGGACUGCAAAAGCUCUUAGAGGUCGUUUGGCACUCGAACAGAGUUUUUCACUGAUGAACUAUUACACUUUAUUCCAACUAAAGCACAUCUGCAUUAGUAAAGGUAAAAAAACUAUUCCAGGGGAUGGUAAAGAAUCAACUGCAUAUACACUUUCAGUGAUGGCAGAGAAACAUAUAUUUGACAAUUUUGCAAAACAAAUGGAUUUUUGCAUGAUAAGAUUCCUUCGUGAGAUUCAAACUGUAUUAGAAUACAGACUAAAAGAAGGAGAAGAUUUAAAUUUACAGAUCAGCUUCUAUAAAGACUUAAUAUCUCAAAUAAAUGAUCAUCCAACUGAAUUGUGCCGAUAUUGCAUUAUUUACCAAAGAUUGAAUGAACGAUUCAUUAAUAUAGGUUUAUUACGAAGUAAAUUUCAGGGUUUAGUAUUAUUAAUUAAGGCAAAUAUCGUGGCAGAACUCAGCUUUAUUACAAAGGAAACGGGAUUUCUCUCAGAGUAUGUAAAGGAAUUUGAAUUCAGGUCUGUUCUAUCAUAUUUUCGAACUUACCCAUUGUACAAUUACUUAUCGGAAAUGAAACACCUACCGUUCUUUGACACUGCUUAUAACUUCCGGCUUAAAUUAAUCGGAAAAGGAGAUAGAUUUGAAUUGUUUCAAGAACUGUUAAAGGCUAACUUGUAUGACAAAUGGGUGGGUCAAGCCGAUCGAAUAAGGAAAGAACAUACAGAAUUUAGUGAAACCAUCUAAAAAUUUGAAAAAGAAAACGCUUUAUUUUAAUAUAUCAUUUUGCAGUAUUUCUUUUUCUGGUAAUGAUGUUUGUGCUCUACAAGGCUCGUGCUAAACAAUGUGUGAAUCAUUAACAUAAAUGUUCCUGCAGAGCAUGUAAAUUGCACUAAAUGUUAAAUGUGUCUUUUUCGAAAUGUUACUUAAUACCAGUAGGAUGAUAUUGUACAGCAGAUCAGUUUUAUAUGUUAAAAUAUAGUUUAUUGCAUCAUUGUAUCCUUUUGUUAUUAUUUCACUGAUGAUGAGACCGGUGCACUUCCAUAUCACGAGACAACGAAGCUCGCCGCAGAAGAUGAAAUGUUUAACAAAGAGCAUAUUCAGAACUGGGGCUUCUUUUUUAAUUAGGAUUGUUUGGUUGAUGGGAGUUGGUGAGAAACAUAAAACAAUAUCAAAGUAAACAAGAGCUGUCGCAGGAGACAGCGCGCUCGACUAUUUCGAUGCUGGAUAGUGAAACAGGGCACAUCUGAGGAAACUAGAGCUGUCACUGGAGUGUUUAAUGACUCCAGUUGUGGAUGAAGAUAUUGCACAAUAACCUGAGUCUAUGUCAAAAAUAUCAACUUAAAGUAAUAAGAGAGGUAAAGAUAAAAUGUAUCAAACUACUAUAUAAGUAUAUCCUAAGCAAAAAGGGGCAUAAUUCAUUAAAUAUUGGUGCCAGAGUUAUGCACCUUGCGUCAUAGGGUGUGGGUGAUGAUGUUGAACAACUAUUUUAAGAUUGAAUCAAAUCCAUUCAGUAAUAACAGAGACAGAGUGAAAGUGCAUCAAAACUUUAACCUAAAAUUCUAAGUAAAAAGGGGAAAUAAUUCAUGAAAAAUUAGUCCCAGAGUUAUGCACCUUGUGUCAUAUGAUAAAGGUAAUGAUGUUGAACAACUACUUUAAGUUUGAAUAGUAGUAUAAGUAAUAGCGCUUUUGAAACAAUUUGACCUCGCUUGACCCCUUGCCCCUCUUUUAAAAAAUCCAAUGCCGGACAAUUCAAAAAACCACUUUUGUUUUUUUAUUGAACGUAAGUGGACUAAAGCGUCCCCAGAAGUUUUUAGAUUAAAAUAAAGUACAGAAAAAUAUAUAUUUAACUUUAAAAAAUUUAUAUUUAACUUAAAAAAGUAUCUUAAAACCAAUAUUAACUUUACACACUAUCAUUAAUUCUCUCUAGUGAGAAACCAAUAACCGUCCGCGUCAUUUUUGCCAGCGUGGCAAUUCUCCCCGGCGAGAAUUAUUCUCUCUAGUGAGAAAUCAAUAACCACCCGCGUCAUUUUUGCCAACGUGGAACUUAACUAUCAUUUUUGCCAGCGUGGCAAUUCUCACCGCAAGAAUGAUUCUCACUGGUGAGAAUUAAUGUUCCUGAUUUUAGUUACUAUAUAAGUUAAGCCGUGUUGAGUUUUGUCCCUUUGAUCAAAUAAAAAAAGUUUUACCGAAUUAAUCAUGCGUAGGAUUGUUUUACAAUUUCUGCAGGAUAUUAAUGUUAGUUAAUGAAACAUGAAAUAGGAAGUGAUUGUUUGUUCAUUAUGUUUUACAUUGUUUACUCUCAGUGUUUUAUACAAUAAAUCAUAAAUGUUUAUACCACCUUGUAGCAUUUUUAUGAAAAAUAAACAAUAAUAUCCACAGAG